GCACGCUGCACAAGUUGUGGGUGGCAUGGCAUGGCAUGACGAUGAUGGAGAGAGCGCAGAGAGCGUCGAGGCACUGCAUGAGCAGGCCGGUUUCGCCGCCGCCGCCGCGCCGCCGACGUUUUUGUCACUGCCACACACGGCCAAGGUGUUUGGGGAUUGGCAUCCAUUUGCGCAGGUGCAUGUGCCGGUCACGCUGAUGCCCCCGCAGGUGCAGGUGCAGGUGCAGGCAGGCGCAGGCGCAGGCGGAUAACCAAGGUGUUGCUUGCCUGGCUCCGCUUUGGACGAUGGACGCUGAAUGGAUGCAUGCAUGGCGAGGUCGAGGCAGGCUGCAACCACAACGGCCGGGGCGGGACAAAAUUUUUCGCUCUUGCACUUGCACUUGGGCUUGGUUGCACUUGCUCUCCCCAAGUUGGGGUGGAGAUGGGCAAAGGGCACGGGCACUGCCAUUCGCUGCUGCUGCCCAGCACCAGAGCAAACAAGAAACGCCCACCCACCUCGACCAUCUCGACCACGACCACGACCACGACCACCAGC